UGCAAAGAAGAUGAGAGCAUCUGAAAAGGGUGGUUGCCUUAAUGCUGUUGGAAGUAUAAGCACUGCUGAGCAUGUUCGUCGCAUGACUAAGGAAUUAAAUAGACCUCCACUUAUGACCGAGCUGGUUGCGAGGACUCGGAAAAAGAAAACAGGAGCUUUUGUUGACAGUCGUACACAAAAAGCUAUGGAUGAUUAUCAGGCAUUGCUUGUACAAUUUCUGACUGCUAAUCCUAAGUAUACUCCAAGACCGGGAGAGCCGCUUCAUCCAGAUGUAGAUUUUUAUCUUUGGAGUAAAGUCAUUGGCGGCAAGGGGCCUAACGGGUGUUUUUUUGGUGGUGGAAAUUUGGCAGGCACCUUGAGAUCUGAUGAUAGAACUCUAUAUCAAAGAGUUCUCGACGGGGAAGGAGGUUCACGUCCUGUAACUUUAACAGAUGAACAGAGAGACACUGUAAGACAAUUGGCGAUAAAUGAGGUGAGGCGUGAGGCGGCGGAACGUGAAGCGGCACUGAAAGCCCAAAUGGAGGCCCAAAUGAGGGCAAUGCGGAGUGAGCAUCAGCGGGAAAUGGAGGUUAUGGCGAAAAGACAAUCGGAUAUGGAGGCACAAAUACGACAAUUUAUGCAAUCCUUUGGUGGAAACCAAAAUAUGGGGAGUUCUGCGCCGACUGAUCAGGAAAAUCUAAAUGAGGAUGAGUUUCCCGACCCGGAUUGA